AUGGACCCUGUGCUUUGCUGCUUUGGGAAUCGAGAUUUUCCCUCCAGGCGCAGGGCAACGGGGAGCAUUGCGGAAACGCCCACUGGCACAUUCAAGGGUGGAGGGCCACACAUUGAUGGAAAAGGGAUCGCACCAACUGGAGAUGCAAGGCAUUCUCAGUGCAGAAUUCAUUGCCCACAGGCUCAGAAGUGCCUUGCAAACGGGGGACAUUUGCCUCGAGGAGCUCGGGGCCAUGCUUCAGUUUUUAUUAUGAAGAUCUCGUAUAGGCGCCCCGGGCCCGCUCCUCCCGUUGACUCUGGCGUCACGAAUACAAGAAAACAGGCCAACUCAACUGAUUAUAUUCGCGAGAAUUUCUUCGAUGAGAGGGCCCGCCGUACCAAGUAG